AUGCAGGCUUAUCGUAUCGAAAACAACGACGAUUAUGACCCCACUUCACGUCCCGAAGAUGGCGAUACUCCUUACGGAACGGAUGAAGACAUCUACAGCGAUGAAGGCGAUAGCGAUGACAGUGUUGAAAGGUAUCGCCAUGAUGGUCGAGGAAAUUAUUCAGGUGCAGUGUCUUCGCCACGUCAGUACGGAAGUGACCUCAUACAAUGGAAGAACGACUUACUAGAGGAUCUCGAAAUGGAAGAAAGUGAGGCAAUUAAAGACAUGUACGAAUACUGGGAGAGCUUCGACGCGCCCAGCUGGGUGGGUGCCUCCUCCGAGUCUGAGCACGUAGAUGGACCCGGGUACGACCCAGAUUCAGGUUCCGAUUGA